AUGAUCGACCUGUUCUCAGCCCAGAUGUUCCUCUGGGGCAUCCUCCACUGUGACCCGCACCCGGGUAACAUCUUCGUCCGUCGCCAGCCCUCGGGUCAACCCGAGCUCGUCCUGAUCGACCACGGCCUCUACAUUCACAUGGACACAGACUUCCGCCACCAAUACGCCCGCUUCUGGAAAGCGCUCCUCACCUUCGACAACGCCGCCAUCCGCGACAUCGUCAAACAAUGGGGCGUCACGAACCCCGAUAUCUUCGCCUCCGUCACCCUGAUGCGCCCCUACCAAGGCGGCGACCUCUCCACGCAGCAACACUUCGAAGGGCUGUCCAAGAAGGACCGCGCCCAGCGCCACUACGAAGCGCAACAAGCCGCGCGCAAGGGCAUCCGCCAGAUCCUGGGCGACGAAAGCAAAUGGCCCAAGGAGCUCAUCUUCAUCGGCCGCAACCUGCGCAUCGUCCAAGCCAACAACCAAUUCCUCGGCUCCCCCGUCAACCGCAUCAAGAUCACAGGCACCUGGCGUCCCGCGCCCUCGUCGAGUCGCCCGAUCUGCCCCUCAACGAGAAAAUCCAGAACUACGGCCGCCACCUUCUCUUCCGGCUCGUGCUCUUCACCAGCGACAUCUACUUCUAUUUCACGAAGAUCCGGCAGUUCCUGA